AUGUUGGAGUGCGUGAACGGCUCCUCUUGCGAUGAAAGCGACUUUCUUACGCUCUUCAGCGAGCCCACACCGCUGGUGAAUCCCACCCCGUCUGUGUCCUGGAUAGAGGCCGAACUGGCAGAGAUGGAGGCGAAAGACCGAUACGACCCGCAGCACUACGAGUCUACUUCAGGUGAUUUUUCAGUGCAUGACAGGCAAAUGACCGCGUCAUCGCUGGACGAUGUGAGCUGCCUUUCUCAAGAUACGCAUAUUGGAAGACGACGUCCAUCAAGAACGACUAGAACCUCAAACAGCAAAACACCGUAUAUCAACUUCAUUACUGAAGCGUCAGAUUUGGCUGCUUCCCUUCGGGAAGCUCGCAGUGCCCGGAAUAUGCUGAGAAGAAAGGGGAAACAAUCAAGUGCAGAGUAUGAACAGCUUACCCGGCACAUAGAGGGUCUGUCAGCACUUUUACAACCGAGCAGGCGAAGGGGAGAGAAAAAGAGAAGACGGAGGUGA